ACUUAAAAAAAUACACUACGCAGAUAUUAUGCAUCAAGAUUAUCAUAGUGGAAAUAUCUUUUUGGAAGCAAGUAGGACUCCGAUAAUGGGAGAUUUAGGAUUAAGUAAAUCUGCGAUUGAAUCAGCAGAUGAUGAGAAUAAUGAAGUUUAUGGCAUUAUUCCUUAUAUUGCUCCAGAGAUUUUUCAAGGACAAAAAUAUACUAAAGCGUCAGAUGUAUAUAGUUUUGGUAUGAUUAUGUGGGAAUUAAUGACAGGUAGAAGACCAUUUUGGGAUAGAAGUCAUGAUACAGAUCUUAUAAUUGAAAUAUGUGACGGUCUUCGACCUCCGAUUAUCACAAACGCACCUGAAGGCUAUAUUAAAUUAAUGAAAAAAUGUUGGAAUUCUGAUCCAACUAAAAGACCAACGGCUAGAAGUUUACAUAGUAAAAUUUAUGCUGUGUUAGGAAAGGAAUGGAAAUAUAGGUAUAGUCCAACUGAAGUAAUAGUAUCACCAGAUAUUGGACCUAUACCAACAAUUAAUCCAAAUGCUAUCUAUAAAAGUAGACCUUUAAGUACAAUGAUAAAAUCUGAAGAAAAUACAAUAAAUACUAAAAAAAUUGAUAAAAGGAAGUUUGAUGAAUUUUUCGAAAAUAACGAAGAAAAUGAUGAGAAUGAUAAAACCUCUAAAAAAUUAUGUGUAUAUGAAAACCAUGAUUAUUUGACAAAAGAAUUUCGAUUUAAUAUUGACAACAAUGAUAUUGAUAAAAUUAAUAAAAUUGGUUAUAAUGGUUUAUAUAUUACAAGAGAAAUCGGAUUUGAUAUUUAAGUUUCAAAAUUCGGAGGUAUAUUAAUAUUUUAAAAAAUUUUGGCUUGCAUUCUACGUGUAGUUUUAGCGAUAAAAAUUAUUUACAUAAAAUCAUUUAUUUUGCGUGAGAUGAACAAUACCGAAAUUAAACUAAUAGCUACAAUGUUAAUUCAAACGGCAAUAAUUUAACAUAAUGUUUCAGGGACAUAUUAAACUAAUCAUUGAUUUUGUAUUUCUGUAAUAAUUAUAAAUGUAUCACGGUAUAAACAUUUUCGUAAAAUAUUUUAAAUAUACUAUCUCAAAUAUGUUUAUUGACUAUCGCCCAA